AUGUACAAAGGCUCAACAAGCACAGUAAAGUGCCAGAGAGCCAGCAGAAUGUAUCAUAAUAAAAGGAUAUUGUGGUGCCACGUUGUUAUAACGAGUAUGCUGAUGUGUAUUCUAUUUGAGAAUACUAAAGCAAUCGUAGGAAUUGACGAAUGUCAAGCAACUCCUGUGAUACACUUUCUUCAAUAUCCAGGCUGUAUUCCAAAACCAAUACCUAGUUAUGCUUGCAGAGGACGCUGUAGCAGCUAUCUACAGGUGUCCGGAUCGAAAAUUUGGCAAAUGGAAAGAAGCUGCAUGUGUUGUCAAGAAAGCGGCGAAAGGGAGGCUAGUGUAUCCCUUUUCUGUCCGAAAGCAAAACCAGGAGAAAGAAAAUUCCGAAAGGUUGUUACCAAAGCCCCGUUAGAAUGCAUGUGCAGACCAUGUACCAGCAUCGAAGAAUAUGCUAUAAUACCUCAGGAAAUAGCUGGAUUUGCCGAAGAAACUCCAUUUACAACGUCCGCUCAUUUUAGACGAUCGCCUGGCCUACAAUAA